UGUAUUUUCCUCCUUCUUUGGUUGUCAAGAAGAUGGCAGCUUCCAGGCAGGCAUGAGAGGGAAUACUUCUUAAAAAAUCUAAUGAACUUGGACUAGUAAUUUGAGAUUAAACCCCAAAACCAUCGUACUGGAAAUAGUGCAUCGAAAGAAGACAUGACUUCUACUGGUUCCACCACAUGUCCACCUCUCCAGCCACGAUGGAAGCGGGUUCUGGGAUGGUCUGGCCCUGUCCCUCGGCCCAGACAUGGUCACCGAGCCGUUACUAUUAAGGAAUUGAUGGUUGUUUUUGGAGGAGGGAAUGAAGGGAUUGUGGAUGAAUUACAUGUCUACAACACGGCAACGAACCAGUGGUUCAUCCCUGCUGUUCGGGGUGAUAUUCCCCCUGGAUGUGCAGCGUAUGGUUUUGUUUGCGAUGGCACUCGGCUUCUGGUGUUUGGUGGAAUGGUGGAAUAUGGAAAAUACAGCAAUGAUCUCUAUGAGCUACAGGCCAGCAGAUGGGAAUGGAAAAAGUUGAAGGCUAAGCCCCCCAAAAAUGGCCCACCUCCAUGUCCUCGACUUGGCCACAGUUUCUCUCUGGUGGGCAGUAAAUGCUACCUCUUUGGCGGUCUGGCAAAUGACAGCGAGGACCCCAAAAACAACAUUCCCAGAUACCUGAAUGAUCUGUACACCCUUGAGCUCCGUGCUGGCUCGAGUGUUGUGGGCUGGGAUAUACCAAUUACUUAUGGUGUUUUGCCUCCUCCUCGUGAGAGCCACACUGCUGUGGUGUACACAGAAAAGGAGAGCAAGAAAUCUCGCCUGAUAAUAUAUGGAGGAAUGAGUGGCUGUCGUCUUGGAGACCUAUGGACCCUUGACAUUGAAACCCUGACUUGGACUAAACCGUCUGUGAAUGGCACCGCACCCCUGCCCAGGAGUCUCCACUCUGCCACCACCAUCGGGAAUAAGAUGUUUGUGUUUGGUGGAUGGGUUCCCUUGGUUAUGGAUGAUGUUAAGGUGGCCACACAUGAGAAGGAGUGGAAGUGCACAAAUACACUGGCCUGUCUGAAUCUUGACUCCAUGACCUGGCAGUCUGUGUUGAUGGAUACUUUGGAGGACAACAUUCCAAGAGCCCGCGCAGGACAUUGCUCUGUGGCCAUCAACUCCAGGUUAUAUGUCUGGAGUGGCCGUGAUGGUUACAGAAAAGCAUGGAACAACCAAGUCUGCUGUAAAGACCUGUGGUACCUUGAAACAGAGAGGCCACAUGCUCCCUCGAGAGUGCAACUUGUCCGUGCCAACACCAACUCCCUGGAGGUGAGCUGGGGCGCCGUGUCCACCGCCGACACCUACCUGCUGCAGCUGCAGAAGUACGACAUCCCGGCUGCCACCACAGCCACCUCGGCAGCUGUCAGCGCCUCCUCUCCUUUGCCGGGGAACCUGCCGCCCAAGAGCCCAGCCACAGUCGUUCCCACCGCGCAGAACAUACCACACACAGCUGUCUUGAAAGUUGCAGCACCUCAGUCUACUGCGGGAACCUCCCUUGUCACUGUUCGAGCCAACCAGGCUGGGAAAUCCCCUGUCACUGUGUCAUCACUUCCUCCUGGGGUUCGGAUGGUUGUUCCUGCCCAGGCCACCCAUGGAGUGCCAAUCGGCAGCAACCCUCAGAUGAGUGGCAUGGCGGCUUUGGCUGCGGCAGCAGCCGCCACACAAAAGAUCCUGCCCUCUUCAGGCACAGUGCUGAACCUUCCAGCAGGUGCCACACUUGUUAAAACCAUGGCUGUCUCCCAAGGCUCCACCACAGUCAAAAUGGCCUCUCCUCUCAUGGUCAGUAACCCAGCCACUCGUAUGCUGAAGACUGCUGCAGCUCAGGUGGGCACAGCAACCGUAUCGUCACCCAACUCGCCCAACCGACCAAUCAUCACUGUGCACAAGUCAGGCACGGUCACGGUAGCCCAGCAACACCAGGUGGUCACCACCAUGGUGGGAGGAGUCACCAAGACAAUCACCCUCGUCAAGAGCCCCCUCACAAUGGGAGGAAGUGGGACUCUGCAGAUCUCCAACCUUGGCAAGAUGAUGUCUGUGGUACAAACGAAGCCAGUGCAGACAUCAGCUGUUACAGGCCAGGCUUCCAUUAACCCUCUUACACAGCUCAUACAGACUAAAGGUUCCCUCCCUGCCGGCACCAUAUUAAAGCUGGUGACCUCAGCGGAUGGCAAGCCCACCACCAUCAUCACCACUUCCCAGGCAGGGGGCACAAACAAGCCCACGAUCCUGAACAUCAGUGGCAUGUCCCCCAGCACAACCAAGCAGGGCACCACCAUCAUCAAAACCAUCCCCAUGUCUGCAAUAAUGACUCAGCCUGGAACCACAGUGACCAGCAGCACAGGGAUGAAGACCCCCUACACCAUCAUCACAACCAAGAUGAUGACCACCGGCACUCCGGGCAAAAUCAUCACUACAAUGCCCAAGCUUGGCUCUGCAACUGGCCAGCAGGGGGUGACACAGGUGGUUUUGAAGGGAGCUCCUGGCCAGCCUGGUACCAUUCUGCGCACUUUACCCAUGGGUGGAGUCCGACUCGUCACUCCAGUUACGAUGUCAUCUGUCAAGCCCAAUGUAACCACAAUGGUCGUCAAGGGAACAACUGGGGUCAGCACACUGGGGACCGUCACAGGAACUGUCUCAUCCAGUUUGGCAGGUAGCAGUGUAGCCGGUGCCUCUCUAGGUACCCCCAUCACCACUCUGGGCACCAUCGCCACUCUGUCCAGCCAAGUGGUCAGCCCCCCUGCCAUCACUGUGUCCGCAGCACCGACCAUUCUGACCACAGCCACUACUCUAUCUGCCUCCACCAUGUCGGUAACCCAGCCAACCCAGGUGACUCUCAUUACCACCCCCAGUGGGGUGGAGGCCCAGCCAAUACAGGACCUGCCCGUGUCCAUCCUGGCCUCCCCGACCUCUGAGCAGCCGUCCUCCACCGAGGCCGGCGAUGCCCCUGGUACCGUCACUGUGGUCUGCUCCAACCCCCCCUGUGAGACCCAUGAGACCGGAACCACCAACACGGCGACCACAGCCUCCUCCGCUAUAGGUGGGGUGCAGAGGGUCUGCUCCAACCCCCCCUGUGAGACCCAUGAGACCGGAACCACCAACACAGCCACUACGGCGUCUGCUAACAUGUCUGUGCCGCGUGUGUGCUCCAACCCUCCCUGUGAGACCCACGAGACCGGAACCACCAACACCGCAACGACGGCAUCCACUGACAUGGGCGGGGCAAUAAGGACCACCAGCUCGGCGUCCCCCAGAACAACCCCUGCCGCAGGCGACCAGGGAACACAGAAUACGAACACCGCCAUCACGGUGUGCUCCAGCGCAGGCUCUACAGUUUGCUCAAACCCACCCUGCGAGACGCAUGAAACGGGCACAACGAACACCGCCACCCAGUCCGUGUCCAGCAUGGGUAAUGGGCAGACUGGCAUUGUAGAGAGGGUGUGCUCAAACCCACCCUGCGAGACACAUGAAACGGGUACCACCAACACCCCGUCACAGGCCACCUCCACCAUUACCGGGAACCAGACAGGCACGGUGGAGAGGGUGUGCUCCAACCCCCCCUGUGAAACCCACGAGACGGCCACCACCAACACAGCCACCACGGCCACAGCAGAUGGAGAAGAUGGUGGCACCAGCAAUACGGAGCUUCCCACCAGUGCAUCAGAAUCAAACCCAGCCCCCACUCAGAGCAGAGCCAUCACCACUGUGACCCAGUCCACUCCAGCCCCUGGGCCCUCAGUGCCGUCAAUUUUGUCAAUCACUGAGGGUGCAGCCGGUUCCGCAGAAGAGCCCAUGCAGACUGACGCGGUCGAGGCCUCAGAAGGGGGCGACACGGCUAUGGAGACUGGACUGCCCCCGGAGCUGAUGUCAGAGGGCCAGAUGGGGACGGGUCUGUCUGAAGAGGAGCUAGCAGUUACUGCAGCGGCAGAGGCAGCGGCCCAGGCUGCAGCCACAGAGGAGGCCCAGUCCCUGGCCAUCCAGGCUGUCCUCCAGGCAGCGCAGCAGUCUACCAUGAAUGAUGGUGAUUCAGCCUCUGGUGGACAGAAAUCUACCACAAUCCCCAUCGUCCUGACCCAGCAGGAGCUGGCAACCCUGGUCCAGCAGCAGCAGAAGCUCCAAGAGGCUCAGGCCCAGGCCCAGGCUCAGGCUCAGGCCCAGGCUCAGGCCCAGGCCCAGGCCCAGGCUCAGGCCCAGGCUCAGGCCCAGGCCCAGGCCCAGGCUCAGGCCCAGGCUCAGGCCCAGGCCCAGGCCUUGCCCACAGAGGGCCUGGCCCCUGCAGACAGCCUUAACGACCCUGCAUCUGAGAGCAAUGGACACAACGAGAUGACUGCAGGUGUUUCCAGCGCUGUGGCGUCACUACUACCGCACACCUCUGCUGAAACCCUGGCCCCCUCAAGCACAUUUGCCGUUGCCGGUCAAGCCAAGCUGCAAGCCUCACCUGCUCCAGCCGAGGUGGCCAAUGGCAUCGAGGGCGGGAAGCUAAACCCUCAGCCGUCCCCAAUCAAGACAAUCGUAAAAAAAGAAAACCAGUGGUUCGAUGUCGGAAUCGUCAAAGUCACAAACAUCGUUGUCACUCACUUCUUCAUCCCAGGGGACGAUUCUCAAGUAGAGGACGAUUCGGGUGCCGUCCCAGACUAUAAUCAGAUGAAGAAAAUGGAGUUGCAACCUGGAACAGCCUACAAGUUUCGUGUGGCCGGCAUCAACGCUUGUGGUCGUGGUUCCUUCUCAGAGAUCUCCGCUUUCAAGACCUGUUUACCAGGAUUCCCCGGAGCACCAUGUGCCAUCAAAAUCAGCAAGAGCCCAGACGGUGCCCACCUCACAUGGGAGCCUCCCUCUGUGACAUCGGGAAAGAUCAUUGAGUACUCUGUGUACCUGGCCAUCCAGAGCUCACAGACUGCUGAGCCCAAGGCCUCCACCCCAGCCCAGCUGGCUUUUAUGCGGGUGUACUGUGGGCCCAACCCCUCUUGCUUGGUGCAGUCCUCCAGCCUUUCCAACGCCCACAUAGACUACACUACUAAGCCCGCCAUCAUCUUCCGCAUAGCCGCGCGAAACGAGAAGGGCUAUGGCCCUGCCACUCAAGUCAGAUGGCUCCAAGAGUCCAGCAAAGAUGGCACCUCAGCAAAACCUGCCCCAAAAAGACCAGUUUCCUUGCCUGAUACUAAGGCUACUGGUCAAAAGAAAGCAAGAACAGAGCAGUGAAAUGGCCCUGAUGAGCACCCUUCCAGAAAAACACACGGUUGCUGUCCUUUUGGGCCGGAAGAUUAAUCAUCCUCAUGCCAGAAUUCAUUGCAUCCUGAAGUGGACUUACAUCCAGCCAGUAACAGAAGCAAAAUGGCAGUAAAAUACCCCAAAAUUAAGUCAAUAAGAGAUGGUUCUCUAGGCAAACCCCCUUUUCCUGUUUCUACAGCAACACAAAUGAAAGCACAUUUAUAGCUUCUUCUUCAUUGGGCUUUUUUGCUUUGUACACAGCUAUGCUUAGGGCUCGAUUCAAUCCCAUCUAGUGCAAUAGUGGACACCCGGAUCGCUGAUGUUUUGAUGAGUGUCUGGAUGUUAAGACUUUGGUAUUUUACCCAAGUACAUUACACAAUAUAAGCCAAUGGAACACUGUAUGUGAGUCUAGGUCACAAAAUGGGCUCCUCAUAGGACAGAUUCCUACCUAUGUUUUUUUAGGCACAUUUGCGCCACUCAAAUAUUGUAAUGGUACUUAUGAUUCCUUAUGUUACGAUAGGGCCAUUGUUGUUUUAAUAGGGAAACCUGUAUUGAAAGUAUAAACGCGGUUCCGUGAUCUGCUCUAUAUACUAUAUUUAAAGUUAAGUUGCAUUCCUCGAUUUGUGGCCACUGAUUGUAGAUGUGCUGCUGUCGAGCCAAAACAGGUCUUGGAAAAUUGUGCUAUAAUGUCUUGUAUGUACCAGUAUGUGCCCCAUGUCAUCAAAAACGCUCACUUUCAAUUGUAUUUAUUAUGUUCAAAGAUUAUGGGCACAACAUAUUACAAAUCCUGCUGGAAAUUAAAGGUUUAAAAAAUUGUUAGGGUUAAAUGUGCUGAAGUCCAGGGAUGUAUCAUUACAUGUUUGGAAAAAUUAACUGGGUUGCCGCUGUGAAAUCCACAAGAAGUAGUUCUUGUGUUCGUUAUCACAAAUCCACACUUGUUCCUACUAAUGCAACUCAGUGCAGCCAACAGCCAUGUCCAAGAUGGUUGUCAGGAGCUGCUUGUGUAUUUAGCGACUGUUAAGCAGCUGUACCCAUGAAAUCGUCCAACACUAGCUAUGUGGGUGUCUGCUAGCGCAAGAGGUUGAAUUGAGCCCUUAUGUGACUUUUGAUGGGUCUUGUUUUUCUUUUUUCCAUUUGGGGGUCUGUAAAGAGACUACAUGGGAUGAGACUGUUUUAGGAUGUACUGAAAAGGAGGCAGUGGUAAUGUCAUUUUAGAUGGGAGGAAAGGGGAAAACAAAGCACUUGUCCUCAAAAGGGGAUAUAUUUUUUUGGUUCAGAACAAAUCUAUACAGACAUCAUACUGGACUCCAGUCUCCUGGUAAUAUCAGUACUGCUUUUACCCAGGUUGGGGAAUGAUGGCUGAUGCUAUGAAGUAGGAAAAUGAUAUAGUGACUAAGGAAGAUAUUUGUAUAGAGGGACACAGACUUUGCUCGGUCGGAGACUUGCAUACACACACAAAAUCUUGCAAAGUAUUAGCAAGCAAUGAUGCAUAAGAUCUUUGUGUCGUUUAUUUUUGUAUUUUUUAAGCUUUUUCCUGUGUGUGUGUGUAUAUGUGUAUGUCACUGCAUUUUUGAAACGUCAACAUUUAUUUUGUUCAUUUUUUCUUUUUUACUAUUGUUCAUCCCCAUAGUUUUCUAAUGUAUGUGGGAAAUGUGGCAUUAUUGAGGUAGCCACUAUAUUUUUUAAAUCUUGGUUUGAUCAGUUGUAUUUUAUUGUGUAUGAGACGGUAUGAAAAAGAAAGACUUUUGUAUUUGUUCUCAGUAGCACCACAGUAACAGGAAGGAAGGGAACUUUAAAAAGAAUGGGAGGGAAGUGCUUUUACUUUGUUUACUAGCUAUGCUAAAUCUUUCAAUGCUUAUGUUGUGUAUGCCAAAAUGUAUGGAAUAUAAUUAAGAAAAAUCUGAUUGGUUUUCACAUUCCUUCCCUCUCCCUAAUAACCUUCCCAAACAGUAAGGCGUAUAAGAUUUAUUUUGGGGACUAAUUUAGAAAAUCCCUUAACAAUGCAUUUAUUUUAAACCAUGAAAAGGCAGAUGAAUUUGAAACCAAUAAAUACAAUUUUAAUUGCAUUAUAAUUUACUUUACCAAUUAUAAAAUUGAGGUAUGCAGCGUCAUUGUGAAAAGUAACCCCAUGUCUUUACAUUGGGAAGAAAGAAACAUAGUCACAGUUACUUCAUUAAAAACAGCUCAGCCUUUAAUAUUACCUGUACCAAAAUGUUUUUACUUGUUAGUUAUCUCAUGAUUGCCUUUUGUGUCUUGAAAUAUAAACAACUGAAAUGUACAGACUCCCUGAUCAAUUGCUAUUAAUUGCAUUUGUUUAACAUAUUUGCAUUAGAAGUCUCAAUUAUAGCAAGGUUCAUUACCAGUACCAAAAUAUUUGUAUUCAGGAUAAAUCACUAAUGGAGUUUUAUAGAGGGAAGUCUUGGAGUGGAUACAACUUUGUUCAGUGUUAUGUAAAAUUUGUUUUUAGAAUGGUAAGGGCCAGAAUAGAAAUUAAGCCAAGUGAUUAAACUUGCUAUCUCUCUGGAUUGUAGUACUUGCACUUUGGUUUGUCUCAAAAUUCUCCAGAGUUUUCUUCUAUAAAUGAAAAUAUUGCAUAUACAUCAAUGGUUUUGUACUUGUCAGUGUGUCUGAGGAAAACUAGACAUGCAUGCUACCAGUGUAUUUUAGUAGUGAUGCCUUAAGGUAGACCAUAAGCUGAAGGAUAAAACAAAUUAAACAUUAAAUUUGUUUGUUCCUUUCCAUGUAUUAUACAAAUGUGUCCUUUCUUCCACAAAACCUUUAGCGUACAAUUUUUUCACCCUUAAUAGGUUGGUCAUCAGCAGUGCCGAGGUCUUUCAGAACUUUUCUUCCCACACUGGGGCAGGUGCUGGUCUCAGCACUGAUGUGUCAUUGUUGAAAGUUUAUUUCGUUUGGAGGUUAUCUGGAAUUGUCCUGUAUUUUCCAAUGUGUGUUUUUUGUACUGUAGGGAGUAAUGUAUCUUUUCUCAUCAAAAUAAACAUGUCAAACAUUA